UGCACCAGAUCUUAACCGUUAGAAUGAGUAAAAAAAUAAAUGUCCAAACUUUAAUUGGCGAGAGCUUUUAAAACCCAUCCAAUUCCUCAAUCAUCACAACCACCUACUCUUUCCAAUCCAACAUGUCAACUCCACCACCCACUCCAUUCGUCUUCCCUCAAGCUCAUUCCACAGUCCUACCUGACCCUUCACUCUUCUUCUCCCCCAGUCUCCUCUCUAACCCACUUCCCACAAACUCUUUUCACCAAAACUUUGCCCUCGGUAAUGGUGACAACCCUGAGUACAUCCAUCCUUACAUUGUCAAGUCCUCUAAUACCUCCUCUCUUUCCAUCUCUUUCCCAUCUUUCUUAUUCAAUGCCUCUUUCAUAUACCAGCUUUUUGUGCCCGAUCUCACAAUCUCUGCCUCAAAAACUAAGUACCCAGAUUCACAUAACAAAACCCAUAUAAUUUCUUCCUAUGAUGAUCUCAGUGUCACUUUGGAUUAUCCCUCUUCAAAUCUUAGAUUUUUUCUGGUUAGAGGAAGCCCAUAUCUUACCUUCUCCGUCUCAAAUCAAACAGAGAUUUCAAUCUCAACCACCAAUUCAAUCCUCUCCAUUUCUUCAAGUAAUUCCCAAAAGAAGCACACCCUCAAGCUUAAGAACAAACAGACAUGGCUUAUAUACACAUCCUCACCGAUCCGUUUCACUCAUACCCUUUCUAAAGUUAUUACUUCUGAUGCAUUUUCUGGUAUCGUUCGGAUUGCUAUAAACCCAAAUGAUUUAAAUCCAAAAUCUGAGAAAGUCCUUGACAGGUUCAGCUAUCGUUACCCUGUUUCUGGUGGAGCUGCAUUGAAAAAGCCAUUUUCUUUGGAAUACAGAUGGCAGAAAGAGGGACAUGGUGAUUUGCUUAUGCUAGCUCACCCUCUGCAUCUUCGACUUCUUUCUAAAGAUGAUGAUCAUGAUGUUACCGUUCUGAAGGACUUCAAGUACAGAAGCAUUGAUGGUGAUCUUGUUGGUGUCGUUGGCGAAUCAUGGUUGCUGAAAACCAAUCCUUUUCCAGUAACUUGGCACUCCAUCAGUGGCAUCAGAAAACAAUCCCAUGCCGAAAUCAUCUCUGCUCUGCGCAAGGACGUUGAGGACCUCAAUGCCACAUCAAUAAACAUAACUUCAUCAUAUUUCUAUGGGAAAUUGAUUGCGAGAGCGGCGAGAUUCGCGUUGAUCGCAGAGGAAGUCUCUGUCCCUGAAGUAAUUCCCAAAAUCAAGAAGUUCUUGAAGGAUACAAUCGAGCCGUGGUUGAAUGGAACAUUCAAAGGGAAUGGUUUUCUACACGAUCAUAAAUGGGGUGGAAUCAUAACUAAACUUGGAUCAAACGACACGACUGCAGAUUUCGGGUUCGGAAUAUACAACGAUCACCAUUUUCAUCUUGGCUACUUUGUCUAUACGAUUGCAGUGCUUGCGAAAAUCGAUCCGGAAUGGGGGAUGAACUACAGGCCUAAAGCUUACUCACUGGUUGAAGAUUUUAUGAACUAUGGCAAGAGGUUAAAUCCGAAUUAUCCAACCUUAAGAAACUUCGAUUUGUAUAAGCUGCAUUCAUGGGCUGCAGGGCUAACGGAAUUCCCAAAUGGUCGGAACCAAGAAAGCACAAGUGAAGCCAUAAAUGCUUAUUACUCAGCAGCUUUGAUGGGUUUAGCCUAUGGAGACACCAAUCUUGUAUCCGUUGGAACAGUGCUUGCAAGUUUUGAGAUUCAAGCAGCUCAAUUGUGGUGGCAUGUGAGAGAGGAUGAUGAAUUGUAUGGGAAAGAGUUUAGGGAGGAGAACAGAGUGGUUGGUAUACUUUGGUCAGUAAAAAGGGACAGUGGGCUUUGGUUUGCACCUGCAGAGUCGAGAGAGUGUAGGCUUGGAAUUCAGGUGCUUCCUCUGUUGCCUAUCACUGAGGUUGUGUUCUCUGAUGUUGGUUAUGUCAAGAAGCUUGUGGAUUGGACAUACCCCGCUUUGAAAAGAGAAGGAGGAGUUGGAGAAGGUUGGAAAGGCUUCCUAUAUGCCUUGGAAGGAAUUUAUGACAGAUAUGGUGCUUUGAAGAAGAUUAGAAAGUUGGAUGGUUAUGAUGAUGGAAACUCGCUCUCUAAUCUUCUAUGGUGGAUUCACAGUAGAGAUAAAGAAUACAAGCGAGGUUAGUCGAAUGUUAAGUCUCUCCUACCCACAUCUUUUAGGUUGUAAAGUUAUGUUAACAAUUGCAGAACUGUGUUCUUUGGGGCUUGGCUGGCCCUGUUGAUGCAUAUGGCGUUUUUGCUCCAUGUAUGUAUUGACCAAGCUACAUACAAUAAUGAUGGUGAGGCCGUUUCACAUAUUAUUUGCAAAAUUUUGUAUGUGAGAAUGAUGGAUCACGAUCUUCUAUCUUGUUUUUUGUAUUUCCUUUUAUGUUGUAUCAUUUUUUUUGAUAAUAAAUAUUUAUUCCAUUUAUGUCU